AUGACACUUAUGAAGUCGCUUGUUCUUGAGAGGCCUGGAGAGAUACGGCUCCGGAGUAUUGAGGUGAACGACGUUCUGGGCGAAAAUGACGUGCGGGUGAAGGUGCACAGCGUCGGCAUAUGCGGCAGCGAUGUUCACUACUAUGAGCACGGUCAUAUUGGUCCGUUUGUUGUGAAGGAGCCGAUGAUUCUUGGCCAUGAGGCUUCCGGCACCGUUGUGGCAGUGGGUAGCAACGUGAAACAUCUCAGCGUGGGGGAUCGUGUCGCGAUGGAGCCAGGUAUACCCAGCUUGACGUCGCCUCAGACACUUGCUGGUCUGUAUAACCUUGACCCCGAUGUGGUGUUCUUUGCCACCCCACCUGUGCAUGGAUGCCUUAGCACAACGGUAAUCCACCCCGCUAUGUUGUGCUUCAGGCUACCCGAAGGCGUGAGCUACGAGGAGGGGGCGCUCUGCGAGCCCAUCGCUGUUGGCAUGCACUCGGCGACGAAGGCACGUGUAAAGCCUGGUGAUGUGGCACUGGUCAUUGGCUCUGGCACCAUAGGAAUUGUGACGGCUCUCUCUGCUUUAGCCGCCGGAUGCUCAGACGUCAUCAUCUGCGACGUGGUGGAGGAGCGCCUCAAAGUGGCGGCGCAGUAUGACGGCGUGCACCCAGUGGUCUCGAAGGGCGAUGCUGUUAAAACAAAGGUGCAGCAAUUAACAGCUGGGCAGGGUGUGGAUUGUGUAUUCGAAUGCAGUGGAUCUGCUGCGGCGUACCCACUUAUUUACGAACACGCUGCGCCCGGCGCGACGGCCGUUUUGACCGGCAUGCCAGUAAACCCCGUCACCUUCGACGUGGUGGCCGCGCAAGCUAAAGAGAUUACGUUUCAGACCAUCUUCCGCUACCGCAACAUGUACCCAAGAAUUAUUCGUUUGCUCAGCUCGGGAAAAAUGAAUGUGAAGCCUCUUGUGACGGCCAGAUUCAAGCUGCAGGACGGCGUGAAGGCAUAUGAGCGUGCCGCUUCGCGUAUUCCCACUGAUGUGAAGAUUAUGAUUGAGAUGGAGUAG